AUGCAGUACAGCCUGCUGUUUCGCCUGUUUCUAAUGGUCUGCCCGCUGGGCCCGACCUGGGCCAAGCUUAGCUACAUUCCGUGCAACGAAUCCGAUGUGGCAAUAGCCCUCUCGCAGAUCAUCAAUGGGCUGCAGCCACGUCAGCUGGCCAUAUUGGUUAUGCCCAGCUCGCGACUGUUUGGUGCGGAUUGCGUGAAUGAUGACACCAUCCAAGUGGACGAGUUUAUUCAGCGAUUGCAUAGGCUCUACUACAAGUCAGUCAUCUUUUAUGACACGGAGCUGUUCUUUGAUUACAUCGAAGCCAAUCUGCUGGGCGCCAUCGAAUGCGUCAAUUUGAUAUUCCACGAACCAGAUGAGCUAUCGGCGCGCAUACAGGAACGGCGACUUGCCCAUCGGCUCAGCCUCUUCAUCUUCUAUUGGGGCGCCAGACAGCCGCCUAAUGCGACGCGUGUGAGCUUCGAGGAGCCAAUGCGAGCGGUGGUCAUCACAAGGCCGCGUCGCAAGGCGUUUCGCAUCUAUUACAAUCAGGCGUUGCCCACGGGCACCAGCCAGCUGCGUUUGGUCAACUGGUAUGAUGGCGACAACCUGGGCCUGCAGAAGACCCCCCUCCUGCCCAGCGCCGCCACGGUCUAUGCCAAUUUAGAUGGUCGCGUUUUUCGUGUACCCGUUUUUCAUUCCCCGCCCUGGUUCUGGGUCAGCUACAACAAUGAUAGCAACAAUGUUGGCAACAGCAGCGAGGAUCCUUUGGAUGAGUACGAGAAUCUCGAGUAUAAUGAGGUGAACGUGACGGGUGGACGUGAUCAUCGAUUGUUGAUGUUGUUGGCGCAGCAUAUGAACUUUCAAUUUAUGUACAUUGAAGCGCCAGGCAGGACACAAGGAUCUUUGCGAGCACCGGAUGACAGUGGGGAGUCCAACGAUAGCUUCACUGGCGGCAUUGGCAUGCUCCAAAGUGGCCUGGCGGACUUCUUUAUGGGCGAUGUGGGCCUCAGCUGGGAGCGUCGCAAGGCAAUUGAGUUCUCAUUUUUCACUCUCGCCGAUUCGGGCGCCUUUGCCACACAUGCGCCACGUCGCCUCAACGAGGCCUUGGCCAUAAUGCGUCCCUUUAAGCUGGAUAUAUGGCCAUAUCUCAUCCUGACAAUUGUGUUCUCCGGUCCAAUAUUCUAUGGCAUUAUUGCCAUGCCCUUCAAGUGGCGCAGGCGUCAGCUCGCCGUAGACGUGGAGCACCUGGGUGAGCUUUGCGUUUAUAUGGCCUACAUAAAGGAGAUAACGCCCUGUGUGCUGAAGAUAACACACACGCGACGCCCGCAGGCAGCGCCGCAGAUGCCGCCACAGCUUUUGCAGCGCUGUAUUUGGUUUACUCUACGACUGUUCCUCAAGCAAUCUUGCCAUGAGUUGUACCACGACUAUCGCACCAAGUUCUUGACCAUUGUCUAUUGGGUAGCUGCCACAUAUGUCCUGGCCGAUGUCUACUCUGCCCAGCUGACCUCGCAGUUUGCGCGUCCAGCUCACGAGGCGCCCAUCAAUACACUGCAGCGCCUCCAGGCUGCCAUGCUGCGGGAUGGCUAUCGCUUGUAUGUGGAAAAGGAGAGCAGUUCGCUGGAGAUGCUAGAGAAUGGUACAGAACUGUUUCGUCAAUUGUAUGCGCAAAUGCGUCAACAGCAGCCGGACGAUCACCUGGCCUUUCUCAUUGAUUCCGUGGAAUCGGGCAUCAAGCUGAUAGCCGAUGGCAGGGAGAACAAGGCGGUGCUGGCCGGACGUGAGACGCUCUACUUUAAUAUACAGCAGUACGGGGCCAAGAACUUUCAGCUGAGCCAGAAGUUGUACACACGCUAUUCCGCGGUGGCCGUCCAGAUCGGCUGCCCCUUCUUGGACAGCCUCAAUGAUGUUUUGAUGCAUCUGUUUGAAGGCGGCAUUUUGGAAAAGAUGACAACCGCUGAAUACGAGGCGCAAUCGCGCAAAAUGACCAAGGAUCAAUCGCAGCAAUCGAUGGAGCUGGCUGCCGUUGAGAAUGCCAAUGCAAAUGCCAAUACUAAGAGCACCGAGACCAAGACCCAGCCCCAGCACGCACAGGACAACGAGAUGAUCAGCGCAUUAAACUUGCGCAUGCUGCAAGGCGCCUUCAUUGCCCUCGGCGUGGGCUUCUUCACAGCAGCUCUAAUGCUCUUGCUGGAGCUCUUCUGUCGACGCCUGAAUCUGGCGCUGCCGCUGCGCCGC